GCGUACGCUGGUGUGUAGAAAUCAUGGCGGAGUCGAUGCAGACCGACGAUUUUCCCUAUCUGCCUUCGGGGCUGGCCGAAGUAAAUAAGAUGAUAAAGGAGCAUGGCGACCUGUUUUCUGACUCCCAGUGUAAAGUCUGCAGCGCUGCCCUAAUUUCUGAGUCACAGAAGUUGACUCAUUAUCAGAGCAAGAAACACGCCAACAAGGUGCGCCGUUACCUUUCUCAGAAAGAUGAGAAAGAGCAGGAAACCGUCAAGAAAAUGAAGAUUUCAGACAGCCAGGAUUGUAACAAUGGAGACACAGAUAGGAUGAAGGCAUGCCAUCUAUGCAACAUGACCUUCACUUCUCCAGUAAUGGCACAGUCUCACUAUCAGGGCAAGUUUCACGCCAAGCGGCUCAGGAUGAAAACCAUUGAUUUCCAGCCUGCAGCCGAGGCUUCUAAGCCUGCAGCAGAGCCGAAGACGAAACCUGCAGAGAAUUUAAGUGCUGUUACAGCGACGGACAACAACAGCAACCCCGACCGUUUCUGCUCCAUCUGCAAGGCGUCUUUCAACAACCCGCUCAUGGCCCAGCAGCACUACGUGGGCAAGAAGCAUAAAAAACGGAUGACCCGGCUUAAACUCAUGGAGACAUACGGACCCUCUACUGCACAAGGUCGGGUCAAGGAUUUAAGUAAGAAGAAGGAGAAUUUAACUUCCACACAAAAUGGUUACCCAUGUGCUAUCUGCAAGAUUGAGCUGAACUCUGUUGAGCAGUACCAGUCUCACAUCAGCGGGGCCAGGCAUAAGAACCAGGUGAAGAAAUCUGGUGCGAAGCCUGGAGAGAACCAGCACACAGCAGAACAAUCACAAGAGGGCAACAACAAGCUAACCGCUGCAGACGACCAGUACGCAGCAGGAGACGACCAGUUCCCCGCCGCAGACGACCAGUUCCCCUCUGCAGAUGACCAGUACGCAGCAGGGGAUGACCAGUACGCCACCGGAGAAGACCAGUAUCCAGGCAAUUACCAAUACACGCCAGAGGACACGGAGUUCUCAGAGCAGUACCAGUACACUUGAGGCUGGACUGGGACGGACUGCAGAGGCUUGAGUAAGGACUCGGAUUGACACUCGACAACCAGCCCCUUUAACACAUUAACAAACCCUCAAACCCCCGAAACCUCAGCUCCCGUCUGAGUCUCUUCUCAGUUUUUCCCCUGGAACAGUCAUGUAAACCUCUGUUUGGACCCUGGAACACAUCGUCAUGCUAGUUCAUUGUUUGAGUUUCCAGCAGAACCUGACAAAAGAGUGUGCAUUUGAUUUUUAUUCCCCCCCUCCUCCCCAAAUGCAGGAAAAACAGCAGUUUUUGAGUUUUAAAAUUGUAAGAUUAUACAGUUAUCACUCUUCAGUGUGUUAGAAGAGACUCUGUAGUGAUGCUGCACUCACGAAGGAAAGGUUGUCUGGCUUUGCUUCUCUGAGAAAUAUAUCCACUGACCAAAAGAAAAUAAAACAAGAUUCCAUAACGGUGAACACUGGGGGGCUGGGUGUUGUGGAGUUUGCUGACAUCAAGGCCGAUUAAGCAUUGUUCUCCAGCGUUUUUUGUCAUUGUUAGUGUUUUUUCUACGUAUUCUAUUUUUACUUUACCAAGGAUGACAAAAUGAUGCUUAUUAUCUAAAUGCAACCACCAACCCCAAACAAAGUUCAGUCUGAAGACGGGUCCAAUUUAGCUAAAGAGAUGACAGGGAGGGCCCAGCCACCCUGCAGAGGGAACUUGUUUCAGCCGCUCGUAUCCUUUCCACUCAGCAUCUUUUCCCCCCACAACGGUCCGGUAACUCACGCUCCAUCUUUCCCUCGCUCGUGAACAAGGGAUGGAUAAGCAGAUGAGACUGGAUGGAUGGCCACGCCAACAGAAAGCCAAAAAAAACCCCAAUACAUUUGGCUCCUACCCCUUAAAAGUCAGUGUCAUUAGCAACUUUGAGCACUCCCUGGAAGUUUUCUAUUCACUACUUGCAGAUGCUAAUUUCCACUACUGCAAUGUAGCUAAAAAGUGUAACCGUCCAGCAUGGUUUAUUCUUUCAGGUCACACUGGUGAUGUACAGGACUGUCUCAGAAAAUUAGAAUAUUGUGAUAAAGUUCUUUAUUUUCUGUAAUGCAAUUUAAAAAAAAA